CCCGCCCACGGCCUCCAUUUUCCAUUCCCAUCCCGCAACGCACGCAGCUCGCUCGACCAGAACACCUCGGAGCAGCAGCAGCGGCGGCCGGCGGAGACCGUGUCAUGGCGAUGGAGGGCUACGACCGCGAGUUCUGGCAGUUCGGCGACCAGCUGCGCCUCCAGACGGCCACCUUCUCCGGCCUCUCCCUCGGCGACUCCAUCUGGUCCCCCGCCGACAACACCGCCCCCCGCGCCCGCAACGCCGACCUCUUCUCCCCCUCCCCGGCGCCCGACAACAACAGCGCCGGGUUCGCCGCCGCCAAGAUGAACGGCAACGGCCUCAACGGGCCCGGCCUCAUCGGCUCCGGCAAGCUCGCCUUCGGCGCCACCACCACCAGCAAGGCCGACCGCUACAACAACGUCAGCCUCCCCGACGCCAAGCCCUACGCCAACGCCAACGCCAACGGCAUGUACGGUGCCAAGCCCAACAACACCAACAUGAACAACGGCUUCGGGCUCAACAAGAUGGCUGCCGGCGGCGGGGGCUACGGCAACUUCAACGGCGGCAACGAGGGGGUGAAGAGCUACUUCAACAAGUCCAUCGGCAGGCCGGCCAGCAACAACAGCAGCAGCAACAACUUCAACGGCUACGGCGGCAAGAAGGGCGCCGCGGACGGCAAGAAGAAGCACGCCAAGAACGAGCGAGGGGACAACAACCACGGCGCCGCGUCGGAGAAGCGGUUCAAGACGCUGCCGGCGUCCGAGGCGCUGCCCCGGAACGAGCCCAUCGGCGGCUACAUCUUCGUCUGCAACAACGACACUAUGGAGGAGAACCUCAAGAGGCAGCUCUUCGGGUUGCCAUCCAGAUACAGAGAUUCAGUGAGGGCAAUCAGGCCAGGGCUGCCCCUCUUCCUCUACAACUACUCCACCCACCAGCUCCACGGCAUCUUCGAGGCUGCGAGCUUUGGCGGAGCGAACAUCGACCCGGCGGCGUGGGAGGACAAGAAGUGCAACGGCGAGUCCCGCUUCCCUGCACAGGUGAGGGUGGCCACAAGGAAGAUCUGCGACCCGCUGGAGGAGGACGCCUUCCGCCCGAUCCUGCACCACUACGACGGGCCCAAGUUCCGGCUGGAGCUCAGCAUCACCGAGGCCCUCUCCCUUCUCGAUAUAUUUGAAGACAAGGACGAGGCCUGAUCGAGGCUGCAUGCCUACUGCUGAUCAGGGAGGGACUGUUGAGGAAGGAACAACGCAAUAAGAUCGAUCGGAGCAUAUAUAUAUAUACAUACAUACAUACGAUUAAUAUCAUUAUCAAUUAAUGGUGAUAUAUACAUACGUGAGUUUUAUGUAUUGGGUUUUCCAUCCCGCGGGCUAUGAAAUUAUGCGCCCCCCGCUGUGUAUCAUGCAUGCGUGGUGAUGGCUGCACAAGAUGAGCCCUCGUGGACAUAACUAAUCUAUUGUCACGGCUAUGUAUGUAUGUAUAAUAUUGAGACUUUAAGAUGUUUCUCCUGUUGUGUACCUUAGCAGAAUAAAUCAUCUUUUUUA